UAGAGAGCGCGGCUCUGCUUUAUCCCACCCCUGCCUCCCCUGGGCUCCCGCAGACAAAAGUAAUUAGGUUGAGCUUUUAAUCACAGCUGGUUUCACAGGCAGGCGGACAAGGAAGAGCAGAGCGGAGAAAGGCAGAAAUUCUAGGGACACAGUGUGAUGGUUCACAGGCAGUGCCUCCCUCUGGGACCCCCUCCAGCCCCCACAGACUUCUCCGUCAGUAAUCUGUUUUUCUUGUCUCCCUCAGGACACUGGGUUCCCUACCAGCCGCCCCAGGCUUAAUGAUUGUCCAGAAGGUGGCUAUAAAGGGAGCCUGGGAGGCUGGGUGGAGGAGGGAACAGAAAAAGCCUAACUCAGCAGAUCUGGUGACUGAGAGAGCCACAGGCAGGAGCUGUCGUCGGAAGCGCUGUGUCCCGGCCAGCGGGGCCUGCUCCCUUCCACCAUGGCCGCCCAAGGCUACGGCUAUUACCGCACCGUGAUCUUCUCAGCCAUGUUUGGAGGCUACAGCCUGUACUACUUCAACCGCAAGACCUUCUCCUUUGUCAUGCCGUCGUUGGUGGAGGAGAUCCCUCUAGACAAGGAUGACUUGGGGCUCAUCACCAGCAGCCAGUCGGCAGCCUAUGCCAUCAGCAAGUUUGUGAGCGGGGUGCUGUCUGACCAGAUGAGUGCCCGCUGGCUCUUCUCUUCUGGGCUGCUCCUGGUCGGCCUGGUCAACGUAGUCUUCUCCUGGAGCUCCGCGGUCCCUGUCUUUGCUGCUCUGUGGUUCCUCAAUGGCCUGGCACAGGGGCUGGGCUGGCCUCCAUGUGGGAAGAUCCUGCGGAAGUGGUUUGAGCCAUCUCAGUUUGGCACCUGGUGGGCCAUUCUGUCAACCAGCAUGAACCUGGCCGGAGGGCUGGGUCCCAUCCUGGCGACCGUCCUCGCCCAGAGCUACAGCUGGCGCAGCACGCUGGCCCUGUCGGGGGCGCUCUGUGUAGCUGUCUCCGUCCUCUGCCUCCUGCUCAUCCACAACGAACCUGCUGACGUUGGGCUCCGGAACCUGGACCCCACCCCCUCCAAGGGCAAGAAGGGCUCCCUGAAGGAGGAGAGUACCCUACAGGAGUUGCUGCUGUCCCCCUACCUGUGGGUGCUCUCCACGGGCUACCUUGUGGUAUUUGGAGUCAAGACCUGCUGUACUGACUGGGGCCAGUUCUUCCUUAUCCAGGAGAAAGGACAGUCCGUCCUCGUGGGUAGCUCCUACAUGAGUGCCCUGGAGGUUGGCGGCCUCGUAGGCAGCAUCGCAGCUGGCUACCUGUCAGACCGGGCCAUGGCAAAGGCAGGGCUCUCCAUCUAUGGGAACCCUCGCCAUGGCCUGUUGCUGUUCAUGAUGGCUGGCAUGACCGUGUCCAUGUACCUCUUCCGGGUCACCGUGACCAGCGACUCCCCCAAGGAUGUUGCUUUCUGGACUCCAGCUCUUCACCCUCUCGCUGAGCUCACAGGCUUUACGGAGCAUGAGCUCUGGAUCCUGGUGUUGGGAGCUGUGUUUGGUUUCUCUUCCUACGGUCCCAUUGCCUUGUUCGGAGUUAUAGCCAACGAGAGUGCUCCUCCCAACUUGUGCGGCACCUCCCACGCCAUUGUGGGGCUCAUGGCCAACGUGGGCGGCUUUCUGGCCGGGCUGCCUUUCAGCACCAUUGCCAAGCACUAUAGCUGGAGCACAGCCUUCUGGGUGGCCGAAGUGAUCUGUGCAGUCAGUACAGUCGCCUUCUUUCUGCUACGGAACAUCCGCACCAAGAUGGGUCGAGUGCCCAAGAAGGCUGAGUGAAGAGGUGCCUGUGCAUCCUCUCCCACCUGUGGCCCUUCCCCUGCACGGGGCUGGAGAGGUGCGGGGCGGGGAGAAAGUGGGGCUGCUCCGGCUACCACAAAACCUAGGAUUGCCUUUUUUUUGCUCCUUCUCCCUCGCCCAGGUGGCGCUGGACGUUAUCAGUGGCUAAUGUGGUCCCAGCUCCCCAUCCUGUGGUCUAUUUAAAAGGCAACUUUUGUUCUUGGACUCCAUUAGCUCCUAUUUCCUGCCUUCAAACAGGAAACCCCUACAGUGAGGGAGUCUCCUAUACCCUUCUUCCUCUCCUGGGCCCCGCCCCGCCCCCACCCCAUCUCAUCCCAUCCCCACGAGAGGGGAGGCUCCUCUGGCUCACCCUCCUGCAGGGCACCAAUCGGCCAUGAUUUCUGCCCUGAGGCCUCCCAGCACAGGGUGACGGCUUGUGCCAAUACCUCAGAUUCCAGGCAGAGAGGAGGCUGUCAUUCUCACCAGUACCCUGGGAAGUCGGAAGUCGGGCCUGGGUGGGAGGGAGACUUGAUAAAGAGAUUAAAACUAGAUUUGAUACUAAA